AGAUCUGCAAAUAGUUUAUUAUCGAUCCACGUGGGAUUGAUUGAGUUGUACCGUUGAAGGUGGUGGAGCUGAGACGUGAAGUUUCCGAAAAUGCUGUUUCUCUUUUUAUACGCAACCGUCGCUCACCGGUUGCUAAGCAACGUCACAACGCCGCAGCAAGUCCGUUAACUAACGUUGCAAAUGAAUGUCGCCUCGUCGGUGAGCCGCUGUCCUCCGCUUACUGACCGAACGGGCCCGGUUCUGGUGUUGAUAAAAGCCGAAUUAAACGCUCCCGGCGGAAGUGGACAUGGGGUCCGAGUCGGUGACGGUGGUGGUCCGGUGCCGGCCCCUGAACGCCCGGGAGCGGGCCCUCGCCUCGGACGUGGUGCUGUCCGUGGACCCGCGCCGGUGCCAGUGCUCCAUAGAGAAGCCCGGGGCGGCGGACGAGCCCCCCAAACACUUCACCUUCGACGGCACCUACUUCCUGGACCAGACCACCGAGCAGAUGUACAACGAGGCCGCCUACUCCUUGGUCGAGGGCGUCACUGAGGGAUACAACGGGACAAUCUUCGCCUACGGACAAACUGGGAGUGGGAAGUCUUUCACCAUGCAGGGGGUGUCCCAUCCCGCCGCGCAGAGGGGGGUCAUCCCGAGGGCCUUUGAGCACAUCUUCGAGAGUAUUCAGUGUGCAGAAAACACAAAAUUCCUGGUGAGGGCCUCGUACCUGGAGAUCUACAAUGAAGAGAUCCGAGACCUGUUGGGUAGUGACACCAAACACAGAUUGGAGCUGAGAGAGCAUCCGGAGCGAGGCGUGUACGUGCGGGACCUCUCCAUGCACACGGUGCACAGCGUGGGGGAGUGCGAGACAAUCGUAGAGCGAGGGUGGCGGAACCGGGCGGUGGGCUACACGCUGAUGAACAAGGACUCGUCGCGCUCGCACUCCAUCUUCUCCAUCCAUUUGGAGAUCUACAACACCGAUGCAGGCGGCCAGGACCGCCUACGAGCAGGUAAACUCAACCUCGUCGACCUGGCCGGAAGCGAGCGUCAGUCUAAGACCGGCGCCACGGGGGAGCGACUCCGCGAGGCCACCAAGAUCAACCUCUCGCUCUCGGCCCUGGGCAACGUCAUCUCGGCGCUGGUGGACGGCCGCUCCAAGCACGUCCCCUACCGGGACUCCAAGCUGACCCGGCUGCUGCAGGACUCCCUGGGAGGAAACACGCGCACCUUGAUGAUCGCCUGUCUCUCGCCCGCGGACAACAACUACGAGGAAAGCCUGAGCACGCUGCGCUACGCCAACCGGGCCAAGAGCAUCCAGAACCGGCCUCGUAUCAACGAGGACCCCAAGGAUGCUCUGCUCCGGGAGUAUCAGGAGGAGAUCAGGAAGUUGCGGGCCCUCAUCUCAGGCAAGCUGGGCACCGCUGACCUUGCGCCUCUGCUGGCUGGUCCGUUGUCCGAGGCGUCCCCCGCUGUUCCUUCGAGGCCGCAAUCCACCAACACAGAAGCAGAGAAGAUUAAAGAGGCCACUGCGGAGUACGAAGUGAGGCUGGCCAAGUUGCAGGCCGACUACAACGCAGAGCAGGAGUGCAAGGCGAAGCUGCAGGAGGACAUCGCCGCGCUGCGUUCCUCCUGCCAAUCCCAGCUGCCCCGUUUGGAAAAGUCUCCGGCCAGCAGGGGGGGCCCCGUCCCAAAGAAUGGGAACAGAACAGCAUCUCCACAACCGAGCUCCAGCUGUGUGACAGAGGAUGUUGUGGCAGAGUUACACAUGGAGAAAGUCCUCCGACCAAGGUACUGUCCACCGGCCCCUCCCCUCACUGAUCCACAUCACCCAAAAGCAAUGAUAGCUGCCAUGAAAAUAGAACCAUGGAUUGUGAAACUCACGGGGUGUUAUUUCCUCACGUCGGUGAGCCAGCUCGCCGAACCAGCAGUCCGUGUCCAAAAUACCCCUCCGGACCAGCAACACGUCCUGGAACGACUGCAGCAGCUGGAACAGCAGGUGGUCGGAGGGGAGCAGGCCAGGAACAACGAGUUAAAGCAACGACAGAAGCAGAGGAAGAACCUCGCCGACCAGAGAAAAGUCCACCUCAUCCGCGCCCUGUCCGAGGACAGUGAGGACAGUGAAAGCGUGCUGCUGAACGUCUACAACUCCAUCCAGGAAGAGGUGCAUGCAAAGAGUCAAGCUCUGGUCAAGGUCCAGGGCAAGCUGAAAGCAGCCAAACUGGAGAUCCGUGACCUGCAGGCCGAGUUCGAGGUGGAGAGGGACGACUACCUGGCCUCCAUCCGGCGGCUGGAGAGGGACGGCCUCCUGCUGCACGGCCUGCUGGAGCGGAUGGUGCCCCUGGUGCGCCGCGACUGCAACUACAGCAACCUGGACCGCUUGAAGAAAGAAGCCGCCUGGGACGAGGAGGGCGCCACCUGGAGGUUGCCUGACGUGGUGGUGCAGAAAACGACCCUGCCUGCAGCGGUGACUCUGAAGCUUUCAGCCGGAAGGGCUUCGGCGGGGGACAGCGGAGAGCCGUCCACGCAGGCCGAUGAGGAGGAGGUGGAGGAGGAGGAGGGGGACCGGUACAAGGAGAUGCUGGACCGCAGCGACAGCGAGAACAUCGCCAGCAGCUACUUCAGGUCAAAGAGAGCGAUCCAUCUGCUGGGACGGGACGCGGCCAGGGGACACGUCCUCCACCCUCCUCCCCUGGUUAGGGGGGCCGUGACCCCGCCCAUCUGCACCGACUCCGCCCUGCCGCGUCCCUUCCGCCUGGAGUCGCUGGACGUCCCGGUGUCCAACGGCAAAGUGAGGCGCAAAAAGAGCAAAUCUCACAUCCACAACGAAGGGAUUUGAAAAGGUUCUUUUCCCGUCACUUUACUACUUUAUUUUGGAUUUUAAAAACUACUCUCACACAGUUUUUCAAAUUCCUGAAUAUAUUUAUUGAUUUUCAUAUUCACUGCAAACCAAAAAUGUUGAGGCCCAUUUCCGCCACGCCGUGAGUCUGGGUGUCAGGUUUUUAUUCACUAUGUCAAUGUUGAUUUUGAACAAAAUACUACCUACAGUGUGAUACUUGUUGUACCUUCACACCUUCACACUUGUUAUUCCUUCCCUGUGAGACUCAAAGUCCAGAUGCCACGUUUAACUUCUGAUGUGUUUGGCCGUUGCUAAAUUUGUAAACCAACAGUUAUUUUUCUAACUUCUAAAGUUCUUGCUGCUGAAUAGAAUAAAUAAAAUGAAUGAAUGUA